AUGACGACUCGUCCCACUCUGUCGGCGUAUGUCGAGACACUAUUGCCGUCUCAGUUUAGUCCCUACACGCCGCCUGGAGUGAGUGGGCAGUGGAGUUUCUUCCAGGGUCUGGACUCCAAUUGCUACAUUAAAGCUAUUUCCAGCUGGUACGACAUUGGUGCACAGGAUAGAAAUUGGAGAAUCCAAGCUGCAUGUAUUACCUCCACUGCCGGUGAAUCUUACACGAGCGGCUCCUUCGUCAUCCCGGGGGUGACGGGGCCGACUGGGUUUCCAAACAAUGGAUCAUGGAACAUUCUCGGCGCAGGCUUUACCAAGUAUUUGAGCUACGGAUACAUGUUGGACGGCCUGGGGUCCACUUUCGUUGCUACUCUCCAAGAUCGAUACUACGAGGGCCGUGGUAGAGCCACACCAGCCGAAUUUGAAACGGGCACUUGCGCGUGGCAACCGACGGCGAACGCGGCACUAGGCCCACUCGGCGCCACUUGCAGCGGUACCUUUUCUUACUUUGCCGGCGUGAGCUCGACUUACGACAACACCAACAAGGACCGCAUCUGGAAGUACUAUUGCUGUGCAAUGGCACCAAAGGCCUGUCCGGCAAUUCCAGCGCUGACCAAUGGAACGUGGGUUUGUCCAUACACCACUGUGGGAGCCGUCUGCAACCAAACGUGCUCGCUGGGAUCACGUCCAAGCACGUCUGGAGCGACCGUCACUUGUCAGAGCAACAAAGCGUGGACGACCUCGACGGCGACCUGCAAUCUCGGAAGCUGCGGUAGUUUGCCCACAGUUGCGCAUGGGAGCUUUUCCUGCAGCUCUGGCAGUCUGUAUGGCGCAUCGUGCUCGCUCGGCUGCGACGAUGGCUACCAACCCUCAGCUCCCACGUCCAUCAGCUGCGGGGACACUGGCACGGCAUUUGCAUGGUCGACGCCCAGCAAUGGCUGCGGGCUUGUCUCGGCGUAUUGCGAUGCGGCCUUCACGAUUGCUCCAGAGCAUGGCUCGGUCGAUUGCGGGACAUCCCCGCAGCAGCUCGGCACGGUCUGCAGCUACAGUUGCAAUGCUGGCUACAUUCUUGCCACAGAAGGUGGCACGGCGACCACCCGGACAUGCGCUACCCUCAAUAGUGCCCAAGGCCAGUGGACUGGCGGAUCGUACCCAGUUUGCGUGCUCGACCCAGCGUACUGCUCGGGAGUGUCCGCUCCGACGCACGGCGAGGUGAACUGCGACAACCGCGCCCUGGGUGGAUCGUGCGUCUACGAAUGCACGUCUGGAUAUCAGAUUCGCGGCCAGGCCGCGCACACUACCUUCACGACCACAUGCACUGUGAGCGACUGGUCGGCGGCCGCUCCAGUGUGCGAUCCUGUCGAGUGCUCGACGCUGUCGUUGCUGUUUGGUGGCGUGACGUGCUCGGCUGGAAUGCACUACCCUUCGACCUGCACGGCCUUUUGCCACGAAGGUUUCGAUCUGAGCGGAGCUGUUACAGUGGUGACGUGCAAUGCCAGUGCUCAAUGGGAUGCAGACCUUUCUGCUCUCUGCACAGUGCACUAUACACCUGCUUCAAACAAUGCUCGCACAAUUGCGCUGACGGCCGGCCUUGCUGCGGGCGUUGUGUGCCUGCUGUUGCUUGCGCUGAUUCUGAUCAUUUAUUGGGAUCGUCGUCGUCGUCACAACCGUCGCCGACAAUCCGUGCAAAAGGCUGACUCGACCCUAACGCGGAAGCAGAUGGUAGAAAUGUCGCCAGCGCAAUCUCCGGGCAAAGGGCCAGAUCAAGUCGAAUCCAAGUCGAAUACGUACGCGGUCGCAGGGCAACGCAAGCCCGUCGAUGGUGAUCUGAAGCAAAGCGCCGAGCAUACGUAUGCCACAAGCCCUGAACGCGUGUACAGCUCUAUUGUCACGGAAACCACAUCACUCCGACAAGGUCUUGUGCUUGGCGCCAAACUGGGCUCGGGCGUAUCUGGGGUUGUUUUCCGUGGCCAGCUACCAUCCAAUCUCGUGCCUAAAGAUGCCAAGUACUUGUUAACGGACGAAAGGCAGCCGCACCUGGCAGUUGCAGUCAAAACCAUUCCAGCUGGCGCAGAUCCUAAAUCUCGACGCGAGUUUAUCGAAGAGGCCCGCAUGAUGGCGCGAUUCGACAAUCCCAAUGUUGUGCGCGCCAUCUGCUCCUUGCUCGAAGCAGAGCCUCUCCUGUGCGUGCUGGAACUGAUGCCGUUCGGCGAUUUGCGAGGCGUGUUGCAAAAGUCGAUCAAAGUCCAAGUGUCGUGGACGCGUGCAGAGUCGGCACAUGCCCUGGCUCAGGUCGCUCGCGGACUCGACUACCUCGAGCAAAUUCGCUUUGUUCACCGUGACAUUGCGGCGCGGAACUGCUUGGUCGGCGCGAAUCUCGCCGUCAAAAUUUCCGACUUUGGGCUGUCGCGCGCCAUAGCCGAGGAGACUGACUACUACCGCAUGGAGACCAAAGGCCGUCUUCCAGUGAAGUGGAUGGCUCCUGAGUGUCUGAUGUAUCGCAAGUUUACACAUCAAAGCGAUGUUUGGGCAUUUGGAGUUCUUGCUUGGGAGGUUUACGCUUACGGCGCAUCGCCUUAUGGAAACCAAAAGGGUCCGGAGAUUCUCGCGCAGGUGGAAGGUGGCUUCCGACUGCCAAAACCUUCGGGAUGCGACGAUGUGGACUUUGAACAAGUUUUCAAGUGCUGGAAUCGUGAGCCAUUGUCCCGCCCGUCCUUUGCCACAUUGAGUGCGUACUUUGCGCAAGUAGCUUUGAGCGCGCCUGUGCGUGAUAUUGGUUUACUUGUUUCUUCAUGA